AUGAAACAAAAUUCAAUCACAUUAAUAAUUUUGUAUAUCUUGAUAUCAUGCUCGCUAUUUCAAAUUUCAAUCGGAGAAGUAAUAUAUAAAAGAGAACCACAACAACAACCACCACAACAACAACCACAAGAUCCAAAAGUUGCACCACCACAACAACAACCACAGGAUCCAAAAGUUGCACCACCACCACAACAACAACCACAAGAUCCAAAAGUUGCACCACCACCACAACAAACAACAAACAACAAUCUAAUAUGGCUCUUCCAUAUUAUACAACACAACCUAACAAUAUAA